AUGGUGCGUCUGAGGGAAAUCCCAAGGACGGCCACCUUUGCCUGGUCGCCUGGCGCCGCAUCGCCAUUGAUCGCCACCGGAACUCGCGCUGGAGCUGUCGAUGCCGACUUCUCAAACAAGACAUGUCUCGAGCUGUGGGAUUUGGGUCUCGACCGCCAGGACGCGAGUGAGGAGCUGCAGCCGCUAGCUAAGAUCGAUACGGACUCUGGCUUCAACGAUCUCGCCUGGACUACCUCCGAGGACAGUAAACGGGGUAUCAUUGCCGGUGGUUUGGAGAACGGAUCGUUGGAUCUAUGGAACGCCGAUAAGCUACUUGCUGGAUCUAGCGAUGCUUUGAUGUCAAGAACCACCAAACACAGCGGCGCCAUCAAGGCCCUCCAGUUUAAUCCCAAACACUCGAACCUUCUCGCCACCGGUGGUGCUAAGGGAGAGCUGUUCAUCUCGGACCUAAACAAUCUCGAGAACCCAUUCCGCCUGGGUAACAAUGCUGCCCGCACAGACGAUAUCGACUGCUUGGACUGGAACAAAAAGGUCCCUCACAUUUUGGUUACCGGUAGCAGCGCCGGCUUUGUUACAGUCUGGGAUGUCAAGACCAAGAAAGAAAGUCUGACAUUGAACAACAUGGGCCGCAAAGCUGUCAGCGCAGUUGCAUGGGACCCUGAGAAGCCCACCAAGCUUAUCACAUCGACACCUCUCGAAUCAGACCCAUACCUUUAUGUCUGGGAUCUGCGCAACUCCCACGCCCCCGAGCGGACACUCAAGGGCCACGAGUCUGGUGUUCUUUCGCUUUCAUGGUGUGACCAUGACCCCAGCCUUCUUCUUUCUUCCGGUAAGGAUAAUCGCAACAUUUGCUGGAACCCGCAGGACGGUACGGCCUAUGGAGAGUUCCCCGUCGUCACGAACUGGACUUUCCAGACUCGCUGGAACCCCCACAACCCGAACUUCUUUGCUACCGCCUCAUUCGAUGGAAGAAUCUCGGUCCAGACCCUGCAGAACACGAAGACCGACAAUGCCCAGGCUAUCGCCGAUCACAACCAAGCUUUGGACGGCGAAGAUUUCUUCAACAAGGCUCAAACACAGCCUCAAGUCUCCAAAUUUACUCUUCCCAAGGCUCCUCGCUGGCUCGAACGGCCAUGCGGUGCCACUUUUGGCUUUGGUGGUCGGGUAGUUUCUUUCGGCCUCAACGAGAAGGACUCUCGUGCGUCCAAGAUCAAGAUCACACCUUUCGAGGUUGAUGAGAGUGUUGGAAAUGCCACGGAGGCCUUUGAGAACGCUCUUAAGGAGGGUGACCUGAAGACGUUGUGCGAGACUCGCGCAACAGACGCCGCUAGUGAAGAAGAAAGGGCAGACUGGAAGGUUAUGCAGGCUUUGAUCUCCGCCAACCCCCGCAGAGAUUUGGUCGGGUACUUGGGCUUCCAGGAUCAGGCUGCUGAUGAAGCUGCCGAUAGCCUCGCAAAGCUUGGUCUGGACAAGAAGGAAGGCGAAGAGGCCAACGGCGUCGCCGAGAAGCCGACUGGAGCUAAGAAGCACAAGCGCCUGCAAUCUAUGUUUGAGCCCAACCCCGAAGAUGACAGCUUCCUGUCUGAAUUGGCUGCUUCCAAGGGUGCUCAAACCAACGACCCCUUCCAGAUAUUUAAUGGAUCUGAGACUGAGGCAGAGCAGCAGAUCACUCGCUCUCUGCUCCUCGGUGAAUUCGAGAAGGCUUUGGAUGUUGCACUCCGCGAGGACCGUAUGUCUGACGCAUUCAUGAUUGCCAUCUGUGGUGGUCCCAAAUGCAUCGAGAAAGCUCAGGAACACUACUUCUCUAAGCAGGCCGGUGGUCCCAACUAUAUGCGCCUGCUCGCAUCUAUUGUUGGUAAGAACCUCUGGGAUGUUGUGCACAAUGCCGAUCUGUCCAACUGGAAAGAGGUUAUGGCUGCCCUGUGCACAUUUGCCGACGAGAAGGAAUUCCCUGAUCUUUGCGAAGCCCUUGGUGACCGCCUUCUGGAGCAGGUCCAGGGUACAGAUGAUAAGAGUGCCCGCAAGGAUGCCUCUUUCUGUUUCUUGGCUGGCUCGAAGCUUGAAAAGGUUGUCGCUAUCUGGGUCGAUGAGCUCCGCGAGAACGAGCAGAAGGGAAUUGAGACCAAUGCUAACGGGUCUGGCUUCUCCAUCCACGUCCGCGCCCUGCAGGGCUUGAUUGAGAAGGUUACUAUCUUCCGCCAAGUCACCAAGUUCCACGAUACGGAACGGUCUAAGGACUCCGAGUGGCGCCUCAGUGUCCUGUACGACAAGUACGUCGAAUAUGCCGAUGUUGUCGCUACCCACGGACGCCUGCAAAUCGCUCAGAAGUACCUCGAUCUUGUCCCUGAGAAGCACCCCGAGGCUGAACUGGCACGCAACCGUAUCAAACUGGCCACCAGACAGGCACCGCAGAAGGCGCAGGCCGCUGUUGGAUCGAAGUCCGCCUUCAAGCCUCUCCCGCAACAGCCCAACAUCUACCAGCCGCAGCAACCCAACCUUGCUUCUCCUGCUGCUACCCCAGCCCCUCCUCCCAACGUCUACGCUCCCGCUGCGCCCGCCAUCACGCAGCCUGCGAACCCUUAUGCCCCUCAGACGACUGUUUCGCCAUCCCAGCCGCCCAACCCCUAUGCUGCUAUCCCAAGCGGAGGAGCAUAUGCACCCGCGACUGGGUAUCAGCCAACUCAGGGCAUGAGACCCACAGGCUAUGGUCCUCCAUCUGCAUUCGGUGGACAGCCCGCAGGUGCUGGUGUGCCUCCCCCUCCCCGUGCAUCCAACCAGUCGCCGGCCAACCCUCCCAUCACCACAUACACCACGGCUACCGGCCUUCCUGCAUGGAACGAUCUGCCCGAGGGCUUUGCCAAGGCUCCCACCCCCCGCCGCUCAACCCCUGCCGCUGCGGCUGCACCCAUCGCCUCUCCGUUCCCCAAUCAGUCGCCGACUCUGAGUCAAGGACCUCCACCUACUGGACCCCCUCCAGUUGGCGCUCCCCGGGCACCAUCUGUGCCCCCUCCGCCUAAGGUGGGACAAGUGCCUCCCCCGCGUAUGAUGUCGCCGCCAUCUGCUGUCCCACCGGUAUCCAACAUCCCCGGGCCCUCCCCGCCGCCUCCCAACCCGUACGCGAGUCUCCCCCAAUCACCGCCGAUGGGCGCUCCGGGAUCAACUAUGGCUCCUCCGGCGUCGAUCCCUCGCGGACCCUCGCCUUACAAUGCUCCUCCCAGCAUGCCCCCACCGACCAACCGGUACGCACCAAGCCCGGCUUCUCAGGCCGCAACCCCGCAGCUCCAAACCCGUGGCCCAGUGCCUCCCCCUCCUCAGGCCGCUGCCUCGCCAUAUGCCCCCCAGGCGGCGUCACAGCCCCCUCCUGUGAACCCAUAUGCGCCUAGCACCCCUAUCGCGACCCAGCCUCCUCCUAUGGCCCAGGCAGUCGCUCCGCCACCCCAGGUGUCUCGGCCUAGCACAGCCCAGUCGCAGCGUGCGGCCCCCCCGGCUCCCAAAUACCCCCCCGGUGACCGUUCCCAUAUCCCCGCGAGCGCACAGCCUAUCUUCGAUAUCCUGUCAACAGACAUGGCGCGCGUCAAGUCCCGAGCUCCCGCGGCUUUCAAGGUCCAGGUCGACGAUGCUGAGCGUCGUUUGAACAUCCUCUUUGAUCAUCUGAACAACGAGGACCUGCUCAAGCCCAACACCAUUGAGGACAUGAAGAACUUGGCUGGCGCAAUCCAGGCUCGUGAUUACGCGGCCGCUCAGUCUAUUCAGGUGGCUAUCAUUACCAACCGGAAUGAUGAGUGUGGCAACUGGAUGGUCGGUGUGAAGCGUCUGAUUAGCAUGAGCAAGGCUACCCCCGGCGAAUGA